AUGUCUGCUGUCGCCUCCCUGAGCAGCGUGAUUGGCCUGGCGAAGGAGGUGGAGGAGACCAUCGAGGGGAUGCUCCUGCGGCUGGAGGAGUUCUGCAGCCUGGCCGACAUGAUCAGGAGCGACACUUCGCAGAUCUUGGAGGAAAACAUCCCUCUCCUUAAGGCCAAGGUGAUGGAAAUGCGUGGCAUCUACGCCAAAGUGGACCGGCUGGAGGCCUUCGUCAAGAUGGUGGGACACCACGUCUCCUUCCUGGAGGACCAUGUGCUCCGGGCCGAGCGGCGCCACGGAGCCUUCUCACAGGCCCUGCGGAGGUGGGGGUGGCCGGGCUCCGGAGGGCUCCCCUCCUUCAGGAACAACCUGUCCAGGCCGGCGUCCCCGCUGUUUGAGCUGCCCGCGUUGUACAGGACUGAGGACUACUCCCCGGCCACACCUGCCGGGGGCCACUGGGCCCUCAGACCCCAGCAGCCGGCAGAGGUGCAGUGGUGUGGGGACUUCGUCUGCAAAGGUGUGUUUGCUCCCAUUCCUUCUCAUGCAGGUGGAGAAACAAGCAAGCUUGGUCCCUGUCCCGGCCCCCUGCACCAGCCCCACCGAUACCUCGCGGUGCAGACGGGGCUGCAGCCUCUGUCCUGUGGGCUGCAGGGUGACGAGGAUGCGCACGCUGUGUCCUCUUUGUGUCUGGCUCCCGGCUGA